AUGGAGAACAAAUCUGCGAAGUCCUUACCUGUAAGAAAAAGCCAACGAAAUAAUAAAGGUAGACCUCCAAGUAGAUAUGGAUAUGAAAAAUCUGACUUUGACAACGUCAGGAGAAAUGAAAAUGAAAAAGGAGUUUUUAUAAGGUCCGAAAAAGAAAUGGAUGAGAUCUCCCAAAACAAGUCAGUCACAACCCGGAAAAGCAGCAAAGUUUCGAGUAGCAAAUCCCAAAGAUGUCAGCUAUUAGAAAUAGAACUCGAAAGAGAACGGAAAUUGGCAGAAAUCGAAAAGAAAUUAUUGGAUAAAGAAAUUGAAUUCAAAAUGGCACAACUGAAAUAUAGAACCUCUAGCGAUCUCUCAUACGACGAAGAAAUAAAAUCUGUGGCCAGCAAGUCGUCUUUUGUAGAAAAAUGGGUGAAUACGUACGAUCCCAAUCCAGAAUACAAAUAUGUAGUUAAUUCUCAAAAACCUAAAAAUUCUAAUAAUCCUGAAAAUAUGGCGGAAGAGCUGACGAUAAAACAAUUUAUGGCUCGACAAUCUUUCAGCAAAGAACUUCCAGUAUUUUCCGGAGAACCAGGGGAGUGGAUGAACUUCAUUCAUCAAUUCAGAGAAACUACUAAGAUUUGCGGAUUUUCAACAGCAGAAAACAUGGUUCGGUUACAAAAAAGCCUCAAAGGUAAGGCUAAAGAAUUUGUAAGUGCUCUACUAACAUUCACACAAGAAGUAGACAGAAUAAUUGAGACCCUUGAGAUGAGAUAUGGUAGACCAGAAGUUAUUAUUCAAGAUCUCAUUGACUCUGUGAGAAAAAUUCCUGAUAUGAAAGAAGAAAAAUUAGACACUGUUUUGGAUUUCUCAAAUAAAGUUCAAAAUUUAACAGUAACUAUCCAAAGCCUCAACUGCGAGGAGUACUCCUCAAAUCCUCAGUUACUGUGCGAUGUCGUGAGAAAACUAAGUCCGAACCUGAAAUUGGAAUGGGGGAGGAAAGUUGUGGAGCUGAAAAAAGAACUCAAGAAGGUUUCUAUAAUGGAGUUCUCUCAAUGGUUAGCUGAAACUAGCGAAGCUGUCAUGUAUGUUGUACCAGAACAUGAUCAAGAGAAAAGGAAGAAAUAUGUGUGUUCUACAUCUAUCCAACAGGAGAAAACAGUUUAUAAAUGUAAAUAUUGCAAGAAAGACGGACAUAAGGUUGAAAAAUGCAAUUCCUUCAAGAAAAUUGAAAUCGAUAAUCGUUGGAAUUGGGCCAGAGAAAACAAAGUAUGUUUCACCUGCCUUUCGUCCUCCCAUCAUACAAAAUUCUGCAGAAGCAAAAAGAAGUGUGACGUGAAUGGUUGUCUCUUCAAACACAAUCCUUUACUUCAUAAAGAACCAGAAAAAAAUUCUUAUUUGGAAGAGCGAGUCAAUCACCACAUCAAGGGAAGAGAGAAGAACGUUCUUUUUAGGAUAGCCCCCGUUGAACUCACUGGUCCUAAAGGAAAAGUUCUAACAUAUGCACUUUUCGACGAAGCUUCCACCAUUACUAUGAUCGACGCCAAGUUAGCAGAUGAAAUUGGUGCGACCGGACCUUGUGAAGCGCUGAAGAUAAAAUGGACAAACAGUAUGACCUCUGAGGAGACAGAUUCGAAAAGGGUUAAUAUGCAGAUACGCGGAAAAAAUGAAGAAACUAAUUAUCUUCUGAACGAUGUCAGAACAGUCAAAAAUCUAUGUCUUCCGGUUCAGUCAGUUGAUAUGAAAAGUAUGUCACAAAAAUUUCGAUACCUGCAGAACUUAAAAUUAUCAUCUUUAGUCAAUGCACAACCAAGAAUUCUUAUUGGACAGGAUAAUAUAGACCUAAUUAUUGCCAGAGAAGUUCACGAAGGAGGAAAAAAUGAUCCAGUUCUAUCGAAGUCAAAAUUAGGAUGGGUUUUACACGGAAAUAUCGGCAAAAAUUAUUUGGGGCGAGUAGACGAAGAAUUUUCCUUCUUUGUUAUGCAUCAAUAUGAAGAAUUGGAAGAACUUGUAAAAAAUUCAUUCAAAAUUGAGUGUUUAGGAGUGAAAUAUUAUAAUAAAGAACAAAAUCCGGACGUACUUCGAGCUGAAGCAAUUCUAGAAAAAACCACGAGAAGAAUUGGUCCAAACAAAUGGGAAACUGGCCUUUUGUGGAAAAACGAUGAUGUCGAAUUACCGAACAAUAAAUUCACUGCUUUGACUAGGCUCAAGUCUAUCGAAAGAAAGAUGGUUAUAAAUGAAGCAUUUGGAAUCGAAUAUGAAAAGAAAAUUGAAGAGUAUUUGGAGAAAGGUUAUGCUAGAAAAUUGUCCUACAGUGAAGUCCAACAAAGAAGCGGACGUAGGUGGUUUCUACCACAUUUUGCCGUGACCAAUAAAAACAAACCAGGCAAAAUACGAUUCGUUUUCGAUGCUGCGGCGAAAACAAAUGGUGUUAGUCUAAACGACGUUCUUCUGAAAGGUCCCGAUCUGUUGAACUCCCUACUUGGAGUAAUUUUUAAAUUCAGACAAAGAAACAUUGCAGUAACAGCAGAUAUUCAAGAAAUGUUUCAUAGAGUUUUAAUCAGACCAGAAGACAGAAAUGCACAACUUUUCCUUUGGAAAGGUAGAGGAACGUAUGAAAGAAAUCCCGAAGUGUACGAAAUGGUGGCCAUGAUAUUCGGUGCCGUUUCAUCACCAACCUCAGCUCAAUUCGUCAUGAGGAAGAACGCAGCAGAAUUCAAACAAUCCUAUCCGAAAGCAUUUGAAGCCAUCACUGAAAGACAUUAUGUUGAUGAUUACCUGGAUAGCUUCGAUACCAUCGAGGAGGCAAAGGAGGUGACAUCGGAUGUAAUCGAGGUUCAAAGACGAGGUGGCUUCACAAUCAGAAACUGGGCGAGUAAUUCCAAAGAAGUUUUGAGAAAUAUUCCGGAGGAAUACAGAAGUAACCAUCAAAAAAAUAUGAAUCUCGAAAAAGAAGCAGUUCUACCAACCGAAAGAAUUUUAGGUCUUUUCUGGAACCCUAACGAAGAUACAUUCUCCUUUUCAAUUAAAUGGAGCAAUGAGGAGAUAAGGACUUUGACACAGAAGAGUGUCACAAAAAGAGAAGUUUUGAAGGCAGUUAUGAGUAUUUUUGAUCCAUUCGGAUUUUUGAGUACCUAA